CUCCCGACUCGAAUUGCCACCAGUUCAGUUGGUCGGUUGGUCGGUCGGUCGGUCGUUCGGUCAGUUGGUGUGGGAAGAAAACGCAGCAUUUUCUACUGCGCACAGACGGCGCGAUAAGAACUAGUCGAACUUUUCCCUGAUCUGUUUCCUGACUAACCAUCACGAGAGGGAGAGAGAAUUUCACGCACUCGGCUUGAUCGUGUGCAGACCAGUAGUACGAAUCGUGCGUGCGUGCGUGACAGACGGUGAUGAUGGCGUCCGAGUGAAUGGGAACGUGAUCUGUAUUCAAAUCAGCGCUGCAAGUGGUGCUUAUUUUUGGAAGCAGUUUAUGUGUAACAAUUGGUGAAACUACGGAUCGAAAAGGCAAAAAGAAGAAAGUGAAUAAAAAUGUGACUUUCAAUCUCACGAUACGACGUUUGAUGAGAUAUCAGAUAAGUUUGAAUGUUCAAAAAUAAAUCUCCACCAUAGUGAAUAGCGUACAUAGGUGAAUUACAUUGUGAGCAGUGGCAAGGUGCAUCCAUUCGGAAGAGAGUCAAAAGUGUGAUAGAAGUGGGUCAAGCCGAAGAAAAAUCCCAACACUGUUCAGUGAACGAGGUGAAAAUCGUUUCAUUGCCUAGGAAUUAACCAAACCCACUUGAAAAGUGUUCAAACGGCUGCCAAUCAACAAUUUGCCAACAUAAAUUGAGCGUGAAGCGCUCCGUUAUAAGCAGUUAAGAAAAAUGUCCACCUCAUCGAUUGGUCGCGAGGAGGAGCGGAAACCUCUAAUGGAGGAGUUCUACCGGCAACGGCGGAUACUGCUCGGAUGCACCCUGCUGAUCGGCGUCGCUGUGAUAGUGUGGAUCGUUGCCAUUUCCACCGAUCAUUGGUUCGUCGUAACAGGUGGUCAAGGCAUUUUCAUACCUGAGACCAGACGUUAUUUCAAAUCAUCACAUUCAGGGCUGUGGAAAAUAUGUCGAUACGGUGUGACCCCAGCCGUGCUUCCCCAAUCGAAUGCCACCCGCAAUUUCACCACCCUUUCGUACAUCAACGAGAACCGUAUCGCCAACAUGAAAAAGACAAUCUCCAAGGAGGAUUACAUUAAAGACUUUCUCGCCGACGAGCUGCGGGUGGACAAUCUGACCGAAAUUGAUGAUACUUUCCGGCGGCACCUGUUUGCCUAUUGGAUCAAAGACGAAACGGAACACUUCAACGCGUUGAAGAAUGUGUACCAUGAAAUGACUGCCCGACACAGCCAGCAGGAAAGCGUUUCCGUCCAGAAGUUGAAAAAUCCACCGCUGAUGAUGUUGGAUCCGACGGAUAUCAGCUCCCUCAAAGAAACGGUCGGCGUGUCCGGGGCGCUAACGACAGUGACGAUAAACUCAACGGAAAUUAAUGUCCUGGUGCCGCAAUCGUUGCGGGAGGCCCUCUUUGACGAGUGGGAACACAAAGCGGGGGUGAUAUAUUUACUGUGGAGCUUCUCGAAGGCGAUGAGCAUCGAUCCGUUCAUUACCAGCCCCGAUGGAACCAAGUACAUCAUUAGGCCACCGCUGCCACCGAAAAAGGGCCGCAUUGGAAAUGGAUACGAGUACGUUCCGUUCAAGAAAUGUAAACUUCAUGAUCUCUUUCCAACUGAGGAAACCAUCCGUCAGGAUCCGUCCAUAGACGACGAAAUACUUGACUACAGCCGCACGGAAGCAUCGUUCGCUUGCAUCUCGCUAUUCAUCAUGGUGAUGGGUUUUGUGUUCUCCGUUUACACUUUCCUGAACCCGCGGUAUAUGUUCAAGCGAUUAGCAGGUGGCAUCCACUUCAUCUCGGCUUCUACCAGCAUCGUAGUCAUUCAGGUUCUGAUUGCGUCCGUGGAAUACGAGAAGGAGAAUAUUACCUACACCUUCCCGAAAGGUGCCAAAUCUAGCUAUGGCUACGGUUUCUACCUGGCAUGGAGCGUGUUCCUAUUCAACCUUUAUGCCGGACUUACCUUCAUGUGGUACUCGAAAAAGAAGAAGGGAAACAAAGCAGCUUCCGAAGAGCUAGGAAUGGCCGACGAGCCAAUCAAUAUCGGACGAUAAAUUAUCACCUCUCAAGCCAAAUCUAUACACGAAUGCCAAAAUUUAAUUGAAAAACUAUAAAUAAGAUCCAAAUGCACAUAAAGAACCUUCAUAAGCACUAAAAUUUCGGCUCAAAAUUUCACAAAUUUUUAUAACAUAAAUAAAAAAAAUCGUUUUUCAUGGAAAAUAACGCAUCAAACAGAAGCUUUACCAUUGUUUGGCUUCUUUACUGUAAACGAUUUGAUGCUUAACCUCGACAAACCAGAAUUUUCUGUAACUUUUAAUAAUAAAUCUAUUGAUUCUUGGGUUGAACGUUAAGCAAGUGCAAAGACAGAUAAAUGUAAAUAAGUUUUUUUUUUUUUCAUUCUUUAUUAGAUAAGAAACGGUUGAUCAAAGCCAUCUGUUUGAAACUUACGUGUAAAAGUAAUAAACACACAAAUAUGAACAAUACUCAAUACCUACUAAACAGAACGAACGUCGAACAAAACAAACAAGACAUUUUUUGUAAUGACACAGCGUUUAUUUCAAUGCGAAUAUCUUUAUUAAUAACUCCGAUUUGUUAUCUCUUUUUAUUUUCCCAACUGUUACUCGAAAUAAAUAUGAUUCAACGAA